GAUCGGAAGAGUGGCGUUUCUGGUGAGGUUGGAGGUGUGUGGACGUGGGCAGAGUGCCUGUGUCCCCUGGGUCAGCUUGAGCUCCUGCUAUGAUUUCAUCCCACAAAGCAACACAACCAUCUCAGUUGAAAAGGAAAAGAGAGCGAGAUCUAAUUGAAUGUAGCAGCCUUCGGUAUUUGCUUAAAAUGCUACAUGAGAGACCCGAAUUGCUAAGAGCAGGUUCUAGGGGGAAAUUCUGAAAUUGCAAACUGCAGCCCUUUCUCCUCCCGCUUGGUUUGGCUGAUUUCCAAAGCAUCCAGGCCAGCAAUUGAGGGACUGAAAUGUAAUCGGUGGCAAUACAUUUGUACCACAUGAAUCGUUCUCUGCCUCCAAAGCCUCCCGUGGCUGUGGGAACAGCACAGCAGCAGCAACAGCUCCUGGCUGCUGGACUCUGCAGGGAGGGAAGACUGGAUCACAAUGUCCCAGCAGAAAUGCAUUGUGAUCUUCGCCCUGGUAUGCUGCUUUGCCAUUCUUGUCGCGUUGAUAUUUUCUGCCGUGGACAUCAUGGGAGAGGAUGAGGAUGGUCUCUCAGAAAAAACUUGUCAAAAUAAAUGUCGAAUUGCCCUGGUGGAAAAUAUUCCUGAAGGCCUUAACUAUUCAGAAAAUGCACCAUUUCACUUAUCACUUUUCCAAGGCUGGAUGAAUUUACUCAACAUGGCCAAAAAGUCUGUUGACAUAGUGUCUUCCCAUUGGGAUCUCAACCACAGUCAUCCAUCAGCAUGUCAGGGUCAACGUCUCUUCGAAAAGCUGCUCCAACUGACUUCGCAAAAUAUCGAAAUCAAGCUAGUGAGUGACGUAACAGCUGACUCAAAGGUAUUAGAAGCCUUGAGAUUAAAGGGAGCCGAGGUGACCUACAUGAACAUGACCGCCUACAACAAGGGCCGGCUGCAGUCUUCCUUCUGGAUCGUGGACAAGCAGCAUGUCUACAUCGGCAGUGCCGGCUUAGACUGGCAGUCACUGGGGCAGAUGAAAGAACUCGGUGUCAUUUUCUACAACUGUAGCUGCCUGGUCCUGGAUUUACAGAGGAUAUUCGCUCUGUAUAGCUCAUUAAAAUUCAAGAGCAGAGUGCCCCAGACCUGGUCCAAGAGGCUCUAUGGAGUCUAUGACAACGAAAAGAAAUUGCAGCUUCAGCUGAACGACACCAAAUCUCAAGCAUUUGUGUCGAAUUCUCCCAAACUCUUCUGCCCUAAGAACAGAAGCUUUGACAUAGACGCCAUCUACAGUGUGAUAGACGAUGCCAAGCAGUACGUAUACAUCGCUGUCACGGACUACCUGCCAAUCUCCAGCACGAGCACCAAAAGGACUUACUGGCCCGACUUGGAUGGGAAAAUCAGAGAAGCCUUAGUUUUGCGAAGCGUUAAAGUUCGACUCCUGAUAAGCUUCUGGAAGGAAACAGACCCCCUUACGUUUAACUUUAUUUCAUCUCUUAAGGCUAUUUGCACUGAAAUAGCCAACUGCAGUUUGAAAGUUAAGUUUUUUGAUCUGGAAAGAGAGAAUGUUUGUGCUACAAAAGAACAAAAAGAUCACGCCUUUCCUAAGUUAAAUCGCAACAAGUACAUGGUGACAGACGGUGCAGCUUACAUCGGCAAUUUUGACUGGGUAGGGAACGAUUUUACCCAGAACGCUGGCACGGGCCUCGUUAUCAACCAGGCAGAUGUGAGGAACAACAGGAGCAUCAUUAAGCAGCUUAAGGAUGUGUUUGAGCGGGACUGGUACUCGCCCUACGCCAGGACCUUGCAGCCGACCAAACAGCCUAACUGUUCCAGCCUGUUCAGACUCAAACCCGCCUCAAACAAAAGUGCAAUGUAUGGUGCCAGCACCAAGGACCCCGCCAGCGUAUAAUGUGAAGGGACUGCCAGGACAGCUCGUGUUUCCUAUUUCUAUAUAAAGGACUUGAGGAGAGAAAACCAAUUUAAUAUGUCUUUUUUUAGGGAAAAAAGCACACUCACAAAGAAAUAUUCUCCGAACGCCAUGUAAUAUCUUAUCUAACAAUAUCUUAGCGGCGUGUACACUAAGUGUAGGAUUUUUUUGUACCUGUGACUCCUGACAGAGAAUGUCCUUUCAGCUUGGAAGUUAGUUUUUACGUUUGCAUACAGAUUUUAAGACUUUGAUGCCUCUUCCUUCCUAGUUUUAGAACUUUUUCUGCUGCCCUACCUGUUCCAUUCUUACGAAGCUUAGCAUGAGGUAAACGCUUUCACACCCUUCUUAGCGAGGUGAGUGAGGCUUUCACCCCAGCCGAGAGACCGAUCGAGCCAAGUGUUUGCUCUGUAAACUGUCUCCAAGACCUGUACAGUCGUCUGAGCAUGAACAGCUGACAUCUCAUGCCAGCCUCAGCGCUCUUGAAAAGCACCCUUUCGCCUCCUUGUUCAUCUUCUUCUGAUACCACUCCCUUUAUUUCGUACCAUUUUCUCCUUGCAGAAAAUGUUCUUAUUAGUGGCGCCCCUGUCUUCGCCUCGAUGUGAGUUCCGAGUCUGACGGCAUCUUUUGGAAAUGUAGGGAUUCCUCAGAGGGGAUACCAAAUGGAGAUGGCAAUCUUUAAUUUCCACCUUUCAACCACAUUUCCCCCUGAAGUUGGUAGUUUAAAACCACAGCCAGCAAUAUGUAUCUUUUCUCUCAAGCUCAGAAAAAUUAUGUAGCUGCCUGCUAAUAUCCAGCAAGCUAUUAAGUCUGCAUUAUGAGAAUAAAAGUAGUUUUUCACAUUUUUGUUUAGCUUCUGGUAUUAUAAAGGAAAGAUUUCUAUGCAUCUGUGGAUUUUAAUUUCUUCAGAAUCAUUCAUUAUGCUGUUAAGGGUAUGCCAGCAAAGCUUUAUAGAGCUAUUUAAUAUACCAAAUGCUUUUCAGAGAAAUGCAAUUUAAAUACUGUGCUUAACAUAUUUUACUAAGAAACAAAAAUAUUGGAUUAUUGUUCUAGAAUGUUGUUGUGUGUUGCUGUUUUAUAUCUAUACAAUAUAUAACCCUAUAUUCAUGGAGACUGUUGCCACACUAGAGACAGGCAUGGGCCUCUUUGGAGCUCAGAGCAGGUGGCCAUCAGGAAGCCAGUCUUAAGCUUGCUCCUGACUCUCUAGGGCCUGGGACAGAGUCCUGCACUCCUUGGCCUCGUGUUUCUAUUGGUAACGUAGGGACAGUAAUACUCACCUACCUCGCGUGGAUGUUGUCACGGUAGGAAAUAUUUAUAACUUGUUUUGAAAUCAAAAGAACCUAUAUAAAUGCUAAGCAUUGUGAUGUAUAAUCUUUUUCUUGAAAUAAUCUUUGUGGUAUCCUGAUAUAAUCCAUACCAGGUUCUCCCAGAGAACCUACAAGGGAAAGCAAAUCCAUAGCCUCCAGCCGCAAAUGUGGGUGAACACAGUAACUCAAAAACCCCGCUGGAGAUUAGGAUUGUCAUCAUCAUUUUGAUGGCGCAUUUUGUCGGGUCACUUCGGCAUAAAUAACAUCCACACGAAGCCAGACAUUGUGCUGGGGAUCGUUCUUUAGGACCGGCAUAUACAUGUGUUUUCAGAGCAGGGAAAAACAAUCUCUAUUAUUUUGUGUAUCUAGAGACUUGCUUUCUACUUCACCAGGUAGAGUCAUGGAAGAACCUAUGAAUCUCAUCCAGUGGGUUUGACUGAUUGUGGAAGGGCCAUUGUUUGUCAGCUAGUGGUCACGUAGUUCCUUUCUUGUUGCUCCCAAGAUAGGCUUUACUGGAUAUUUGGCCAGUCAGUGAAGAGAGCUGGGAGAGAGCGCACGAUUCUUAACAAAAUUCUUCACCAAUAAUGGCCGGGCCAUAAGAUUCUAAAUAUUGACCGUAUACCCAGUCCUUAUUUGAGUAGGUGGCUAGCCUGCCAAUCAUCUCAGUAAAAUAAAGGCGGCUUUGGAAAUUAUUUUAAAAAGGAAGAAAAAAGAACAAGCAAAGAGUAGGCAUGGAGACAAACAUACCAAGUUCCAUUCUGGGCAAAGAAAAGCAACCGGGGCUAGGUUUGAAAAGGGUAUCGAAGGGGAGAGGUGUGGCUGCCUCCUUGUUAGUUCUCAAGUAUCACCCGGAAUGUGUGUCACAGCUGUGGGACAAGCGUUGGCUUGGCGUAAUGGGGCCCCUAUCAUUGUCCCUCACUUCCACAUGUGAUAGGAGAGAAUGGCAUCCUUUGUAAAAUGGCCACCAUUGCCAUUUCCCUCUGAGCCCAUCAAUACAGUGGCACCAGGAACUGUGUCCCGGGACUUUGUGCCACCAGCACCAGCAGCAGCAGAGCCCUCCCUGGCCCAGCGGUCUACCCCCUCAGCCAGGUCGCUGACUUCAGGAGGCAGCACUGGCCUCCAGGCAGCCAGGAAAACAGCCCCUGAACCGAGAGUGUCAUAAAUGGGCCCAUGUCUCCUAACAGAACAUUUAAUUUGGCAGAACUUUCUUUUGCAUUUGGAUGCUUUAUCUACCCUCCUAAAAGUGGCCUUCCUCUCUUUCCGACUCUGUGUCUGUGCAAAACAGACAACUUCUAUCCCACCCCCUCCCCAACAAACUGUCCACUAGUUAUUUCCCAAGAGAAAAAGCAAAGCAGAACAAAAACACUUUAAUUCGAGACAAUCUGACAGAUGUCCUUGCCAGAAAUUAGGAGGAACCUAACCUCCAGUUUCUUUUCCUCCAUAAAUAUUCCAGGAGUUAUUUCCCAAAGGGGAAAAAGAACGCAAACACCAUUCAAGACCGUAGUUUAGAUUCCUGUGCCACUUACAUCAACCUAGUGCCUUAUUUAUUCUCAAGCAUUGAUUUUAAACGGUGAUUCACUCUGUGAGAACACUUAACGCUCACCGCGUGGUCCAGUAAGAACUUCUCGUGGGUCUUCCGGUCAAAAACACGUGUCAGUGUCAACAGCUUUCAUGUAGCCCGCUCUCCUCCUAAGCCACCCAGUGCUGACCACCCCCCAAGUCAUUGACACACACUGUCAAACAUCAGCACUGUUGGCCUCCUCUGUGCUGUCACUGGCCUCCAGUGCAUCCGCUAACUGAAUCACAGCUUAUCAAACCACCGGAGAGGAAGUGGAAUCUUCUGGAUCAUAUCCAUGCUCUGUGAAUGCCACACUUUAAGUACCUGAAAAUGACAGAAGCGAGGCACACUGAAAAUGUCCCCACUUUAAAGGACCUCGUAAAGAGAUGCUAGCAGACUUCAAAGUCCCGUGGAACAUAGAAUGGAAACUAGUAUCUAAAAGUCAAAGCAGACCCAGUAAAAGAAACAAAAGAGCUGUGAACACUGUGUCUGUGGAGAUCUGGGCACCUUUUUCUAUUCGGGCUGUAUCUGUUUCAUGGUUUGUCUCACUUCUCAAGUGGCUCUUGGUGAGACGGGUGUGAUCACAUUGUUGGUUGAUCUCGCCCUUAGAAAACUGUGUUUUGUCACUGCAGUUGCUGGUUUGUUCAAAGUGCCUCGCUGAACCUGGGACUGACAGAAGCCCAUUUCCCACCAGCCUGUGGCUAUUUUCAAGUGACUGAUUCAUUCUGAGUUCUCUGUUUGUUUUUAGAAACUUCUAUUGAACUAAAUUCCAGGGAAAAACAAAACAAAAUAAAAAGACUAUAAGAAUUUCUCGAUAAGAUCAGACCCAGGGUCCGUCUGUCUCAGGAAUUCUACCCCAGAAUCUGCCUUUUUUUCAUAUGUAUAAUCACUUGUGUGACUUUCUCUGUCCAGAAUUCGUCCCAUUAUCAUCAACACUUAAGGGAUGUAAAAAGCUGCCUUCACUUGUGAUGGAACAGUUACCUUCUGCAAUGAAAGAGACUUUGCUAUUGGUUAUUCAGACUCAGUCCCUAAUGAACAGCCCCAAACAUUGUGGACGAAUGUUCAAUUCUUUGGAUUUCUGUACUUAUUCUCAAUGAACUGGUGCACUUUAUUAUAAGCCUUUUGAAGGAGAGAUUCAUAUAAUGUCCAUUUGGCCUAAGGUAGAGUGGAUAAAUGAAUCCAUAUUCAGCAUUUUUCCAUUUGCUAUGAUUUAGCUUUUUUUUUUCCUUUUUCUUUUUUAUGCUGAUAACCAAAUAGCUAUUCAUCAUUUUUACCUUAUUGAUUUAAAUUGACAGAGGAUUUUUAAUAGCCCUGAAGUCAACCCCAGUUCAUUGUCUGCCUUUCUCGUUUGAGAGAAUUCUCAUCAGUAGCUGAAUUAUGAAGAUAUUGCUUUUAUGGUGACUAGACAGGUAUUCUUUAGAAGCUUCUUGAAGUAGUAAAAACCAAACUUUCUUAUUUUUGACCCAUCAGCAAGCAGUCUUAUACUUACAGAGUUCUAAAAAAGGUCACCAACCAUGUCCGCUUCCUUUCGCAAUUUGCUGGAAAGAAAUGGGAGACUUAGUAGGCUACUCUGCAUUUUCUUCUGUUAUGUUCAACUACUAAACUUCUGAUUCUGUUACAAAGGACAUCUUGGAUUUUUAAUGUUUCUUUAUGUAAAUAGGAUAAAGUUGUACCUGGACAUAUCUAUACUAUUAACCUUAAGAUCACUAAAUAAAUCGGUGUGAUAAAGGGCUGAAUUUGGGGGCAAUCAUUAAAAUUCUCAAGCUUUUCAUAUAACCAAAUGCUCUAUUUUUUUCAUAAGUAAAUAUUAUAUGGUCUUU